AUGUCGUCUCAAGUGGCCAAAGCUGCCAGCAAUGUGGUCAGCAUUGCCAAGCUGCUAACAGAGCAUCCACUCGUACAGAAGCAAACCCUCCAGUCGACAGGUAUCUGGGAGACUUUCCGCCGCUUCCUGGCUAUCGACCCCGAGCGAUCCAACGGUGUUCCUCUGAACCCUCACUUCCGUAACCCUCCCCCCGGCGCCAACAACCCUCUCGAGUACGACGACCCUGUUACGUUUCCCGCCGGCGACAUCGCCGACAACCCUUACUGGAAGCGCGACAACCGCCGCGGCUACCCCCAGCUCAGCGUCGUCGAUCAGUCUCAGUUCGCCCAGCUCCUUACCGUCGGUAGUGCUGAGGCCCCCAAGGUCGACCUUAUUGGAGAGGCUGGCGAGAAGCAGCUCGUUGCUGUCAAGCAGGAGUCCGAGACUGGCUUGGCAAAGGCCCUUGAGAAGACAAGCGACGCGACCAAGGAUCUGUUUGUCAACGGCAUGCCUCCUCUGCCCAGUGGCCAGACUAUGAACACCGGAAAGUGGGAUGUGCACAAGUAUGAGCUCGAGGAGUCAUCUUAUGGUGAAGGAUACCCUUGCAGAUCAUUCAAAUAA